AUGGCGUCCAGGUUCAAAGGGUCUAACAGUGCCCGGUUUGUCAAAAACAAGAACUCCACUACAGUUAAAACAGAGUAUCGGAACAAAUCAGACCCUUCUAAUGGUAAAGAGGAAAUCCUGCCAAUGAAUAAUGAGGCUAUUCAAAAAUUGGAAAUGGUACAGCGUAUAGACGAUAUUGAUAAAAUAAUGGGGUUCGAUAGAUUGGAAACCACCGAGAAUGAAGGUUCCAAGUCCAAAAAGGGUUGGUUGGUCAAUAUGCAUGCUACUACUAUACCCACUGAUGACUAUUUGGCUGGGUACUCAGGUGUAGACUACUAUUUUAUUGCAGAAGAAGGUGGGUAUUUCAAGUCCACCAUACGGUUUGACCCCUACUUCUUCUUGGUGAGUGUCCCGGGGCAUGAGCUGGAAGUCGAAGAGACGUUGAGGAAAUUCCUCGAAGCUUCCAAUAUAAAGUCCAUAUCCAGAGAGACAAAGGACGAUUUGGCUAUGCCGAACCAUUUGCUUGGACUUAAGCAAACCUUGAUAAAAUUGACCUUCCAUAAUGUUACUGACUUGUUGGGAGCAAGGAGGUUGUUGAAUCCAAUAAUCAAAGAGAACCAAUUGCAAAGAGAUUCCAGAGACAUAUACCAAAUCUCGAGUUUUAACAACGUCAAUAGUGUAGGAGGAGAAGACCAUAUGCAGCAAGAUAACUUUUUCAACAGUAGUAAAAACGGAAACAGCCUUAAUAUGAAAUUCGGUGCCGGUGCAGAUGAAAAAAUCUCUGAAAAUGUGAAUCCAUUGACAUUUAUCGACGAUAUAAGGGAAUACGACGUUCCGUACCAUGUGCGAGUGUCUAUUGAUAAGAACAUCAGGUGUGGUAAGUGGUAUAAUGUUUUCGUGAAACAAAAUGAAACUAUAUUUGAAAAGGAUGCCAGAGAAACUUUUGCAGACCCAGUUGUGUUAGCAUUUGAUAUCGAAACCACAAAGGCUCCGCUUAAGUUCCCAGACUCGAAGAUCGAUGAAAUCAUGAUGAUUUCUUAUAGAAUUGAUAACGAAGGUUAUCUCAUAACGAAUAGAGCCAUUGUAUCCGAAGAUAUCGAAGAUUUUGACUAUAUUCAAGAUGGAUACGGUGGGAGGUUUGAUGUUUUCAAUGAAGCAGAUGAAAAAGAAUUACUCAUAAGAUUUUUUGAGCAUGUCAGAGAAACACAACCAACAGUAAUCACCACCUUUAAUGGUGACUUUUUCGAUUGGCCAUUUGUGGAGGCUAGAGCUGCAUUUCACGGAUUAAGUAUGUUUGAAGAAAUUGGUUUUGCCAAGGACAAUGAAGGGGAAUAUAAAUCUAAGUAUUGUGUACACAUGGACUGUUACAGAUGGGUUAAAAGAGAUUCUUAUUUGCCUCAAGGUUCUCAAGGUUUGAAAGCCGUUACUAGAGCGAAAUUGGGAUAUAAUCCUUUGGAAAUAGAUCCAGAAUUAAUGACACCAUAUGCAUACGAAAGCCCCAGAAAAUUGGCAAGGUAUUCUGUUUCUGAUGCCGUCGCAACUUACUUCUUAUACUACAAAUAUGUUCAUCCAUUCAUCUUCUCGUUGUGCACAAUUAUUCCCUUGAACCCUGAUGAAGUGUUGCGUAAAGGUACUGGUACGUUAUGUGAAAUGUUAUUAAUGGUUCAGGCUUAUGAAAAGAAUAUCCUUUUGCCUAACAAGCACGUGGAGCCAAUUGAAAGAUUCUACAAGGGCCAUCUUCUAGAGUCUGAAACAUAUGUUGGUGGACAUGUUGAAUCUUUGGAAGCAGGUGUUUUCAGAAGUGAUAUUCCUACUGACUUCAAGGUGGACACUACCGCUAUAGAUGAGUUAAUAGGCAAUUUACACAACUCUUUGAAGUUCUGUGUUGAAGUGGAAAACAAUACAAAUAUGAAAGAUAUCACAAAUUUUGAUGAAGUCUAUAAUGAAAUUAAGAACCAGCUUUUGGAAUUGAAGAAUAACCCCAAAAGACAUGAAAAUCCUUUGAUCUAUCACGUUGAUGUUGCUUCUAUGUAUCCUAACAUUAUGAUUUCAAAUAGAUUGCAGCCAGAUUCAAUGAAAACAGAAGAAGAUUGUGCAACUUGUGACUUCAAUAGACCACAAAAGAAUUGUGAUAGAAAGUUACCGUGGGCUUGGAGAGGUGAAUUUUAUCCUGCUGACCAAUCAGAAUACGGUCAGGUUAAAAAUUCAUUGGAAAGAGAAAGCUUUCCUCCCUUAAAACCUUGGGAACCACCAAGGACAUUUGAUGACUUGUCAUACUCUGAAAGGGCAAGGCAUAUAAAGGAAAGAUUAGCAAAGCUUUCAUUAAAAGUUUACAGCAGAAAGCAAAAGACUGAAACUGUCGAAAGAACUUCUAUUGUAUGUCAAAGAGAAAAUCCAUUCUAUGCAGAUACAGUUAGAUCCUUCAGAGAUCGUAGAUAUGAUUAUAAAACGAAAACCAAAAUAUGGAAGGGUAAAGCUUCCAAGAUAGACGAGAAGGUUGAUCCAAUUGCUAAAGAAGAAGCAAACAAAAACAUUGUCUUAAAUGACUCUUUACAAUUGGCUCACAAAGUUAUUCUUAACUCGUUCUAUGGUUACGUGAUGAGAAAGGGUUCUAGAUGGUAUUCUAUGGAAAUGGCAGGUAUCACAUGUCUUACUGGUGCUCAUAUUAUUCAGAUGGCAAGGAAAUUGGUUGAAAGGAUUGGAAGACCUUUAGAACUAGAUACUGAUGGUAUCUGGUGUAUAUUGCCCAAAUCUUUCCCAGAGAACUUCCACUUGAAAACUGAAAAGGGCAAGAAAAUCUUUGUUGAAUAUCCUUGUUCCAUGUUGAAUUAUUUAGUCCAUGAACAAUUUACAAAUCACCAAUAUCAAAAUUUAAUUGAUGCUGACAACUUUAAAUAUGAAACUAAACUGGAAAAUUCAAUUUUCUUUGAAGUUGAUGGGCCCUAUAGAGCAAUGAUAUUACCAACUUCUAAGGAAGAAGGUAAGGGUCUUAAGAAGAGAUACGCUGUUUUUAAUCACGAUGGCUCACUUGCUGAAUUGAAAGGAUUUGAAUUGAAAAGAAGAGGAGAAUUACAAUUGAUUAAGAAUUUUCAAUCUGAUAUUUUCAAGCUUUUCUUAGAAGGUGACACAUUGGAAAAUUGUUAUGGGGCUGUUGCUCAAGUCGCUAAUAAUUGGCUUGAUGUCUUAGACAAGAAAGGUGCGGGUUUAGUAGAAAGUGAUCUAAUUGAAUUGAUUUGUGAGAAUAGAAGUAUGUCCAAGAGUUUAGAGGAGUAUGGUAACCAGAAAUCUACUUCAAUCACCACUGCAAAGAGACUUGGGGAAUUCUUGGGCGCAGAGAUGGUCAAAGAUGCCGGGUUAGCUUGUAAAUAUAUUAUCAGUAGCAAGCCAGUUGGUAGUCCAGUUGCAGAAAGAGCAAUUCCAGUGUCCAUUUUUUCCUCAGAUAGAAAAGAGUACUUCUUGAAAAGGUGGUUGAAAGAUUCAUCAUUGCAAGAUUUUGACCCAAAGAGUGUCUUAGAUUGGGGGUACUACCACGAGAGAUUAGCUUCUGUUGUGCAAAAGAUUAUUAGUAUUCCUGCUGCCUUGCAAGGAGUUCCAAAUCCGGUUCCUAGAAUUGCUCACCCAGACUGGUUACAAAGACAAAUAAAGGUAAGAGAAGAUCCCAAGAAGCAAAAGCAGAUUGGUAACUUCUUCACAACUACAUCAAAGGUGGAUUUGAAAUCAAAGGUGAUAAGAGACAUAGAAGACUUUGGGGAAAUAGAUUACAAUAGUAAUGGUAUUGGACGAGCAAAAAUUGCAAAGGUAACUUCAUCGAAAAGGAGGAUGAGAAACGAGAAGAUCUCUGAACAGUUAGAAGAAGAGGAAAAAGCUUCAUCGGUCUUAAAUGGGGAGUGUCCUUCAAUGUUUGAAGAUUAUACAGGUUUUUUGCAAUAUCAAAAGGCAAGAUGGAUCAAGCAAGAUGCUGAAAGGCAAAGUAGAAAUAAGGUCUUGGGUGUUACGAGUGGCUCUUCUUACAGAACUUCCGUUGGUAGUAUGAUACAUAAGCAAGCCAAAUCAUUAUCAGGAUCAAAUUGGGAGAUCUUACAAUAUAAGCAGGAUCCGUUGAAACCAGGAGAUAUUAAAGUAUACGUAUUUGCAAACAAAAAGUUACAUGUCUUCAAUUUCCACAUUCCUAAGAAGUUUUUUGCAACUUUUAAAACGGAACUAACACCUUCAAGGAUACGAAAGCUCGAAUCUAUGGUUUUGGAAAUGGAAAAGUCAAAUGCUAUUUUACCAAAUGGACAUGAUGCUUCUAACUUAUAUAAGUUUACCAUGACAGAAGACUUCUUUGCGAAUGAAGUUCAAAAUGUCGAAAGUGUAUUCCAAAGCUCAAACUUACUAGGCUUGUAUGAAACACAAAUCGACCCAGUUGAAAGAGCAAUUAUCGAAUUAGGAAACUCCAUCAAAUUUGAUGAUACAAAGGUAGGUGCAUUAGGAAAAGGUUUGAAUAACGGGUUCAACAUGAAAGAUCUUACAAAGAUUGACUCCACAGAUGAUUAUUUGAAGAGAUUUGAAAUGGACAUAGUUUAUCUAUUGCACAUCGUUACCAAUAGCUAUGAAUUUUUCACAAUUUUCAAAAGCUGGGAUUCCAAGGCUAGGAUGUUUAUUUUGAAGCCAUCCAAUUCGGCUCAAGAGCUCCCGCCAACAUUGUCGAAGAUAUACGAAGAUCUUUAUCAAACGAAGAAGGGAAAAAUUGCAAGUGGAAGUGGUGUAAUUGAAUAUCCAGAGACCAUGGACUUCGAAACAUCUUAUUUCAAAGAAAGUGAAAGCACGAAAAUGUACAAAAAAGUUAAUGAUUACAUUUCUAAAAUACAUAGUGAGAGAUCAAACAAGGCCAUGCUUGCUAUUCAAUCACCUUAUCCUGAAAAAUUGGAAUCAAUACUAAAGUCCACCAAUGACUUCCCAAGCAUUAAGAUGAAUAUCAGUGAGCUUCAACUUCCUGCUAUUGGCUGGCAAUCCUUGAUUUCUCAACGUAUAAUGAAUCAUUACUUCGUAUUAUCUUCUUGGAUUAAGAAUUUGAUAACUCUAUCGAGAUAUGGGAAUAUUCCAUUAUGUAACUUAAAAAUUGAUAAUAUGGGAUAUUUGGUUGAUAUAGAAUAUGCAAGACGUUUAAUCGGUGGAAAUAUUGUUCUCUGGUGGUCAGUGAAACCAUUACCUGAUCAUGGAGGAUUUGAAAUGGAUAAGUCCACGGAUUUGGAAAACUUAGAAUUCCCUCAGAUUAACAACCCUAAUAUAUACGAAACUGCAUGUCUUGAGGUUGAAAUUGGAACGUUGACUAUCAAUACAAUUCUUACGAGUUCACUCAUCAAUGAAGCAGAGGGCUCAGAUUUGGCUGACGGUGGUGUUCAUUUUGAUAGCAAUAAUGGGGCAUCUACGAUAGCCGAGGAUUCUUUCAGUACGCCUGCCUUGAGUAUUCUUAGAUCGAUGGUGAAGGAUUGGUGGGAUGAUGCAUUAAAAUCAAACAUUAAUGCAGAUUCGAUGAUGAAUAGUUUAAUUACCUGGGUGCAAAAGAAGGAUUCUUACUUGUAUGACUUUGCAUUGCAUUACCACGUUCAUAACUUGACAACAAAGACCUUAUUACAAUUAAUCGGAGAAUUUAGGAGAAUGAAUUCAAAUGUUGUGUUUGCAAACAGAAACAAAUUAAUCGUUCAAACAUCUAAAGUUUCAGUUGAAAACUCGUAUGCAUAUGGGCUGUACAUUAUCAAAGCGGCCAGAAGUAAACCGUUAUUCAACUUCUUGGACAUGAAAAUCUCUAGAUAUUGGGACAUCUUAGUGUGGAUGGACGAAUACAAUUAUGGUGGUAGAUGCUGCUACGAGAUUACUAGCGAAGAUGUUCAGGACUUGUAUCCAAUUAGUCAAUGGCAAAUUCAAAACUUUUUGCCAAUAAUAUAUCAAAAUGAAUUUGAAGAUUGGCUAAUCAUUUUUUUGGAUGCCUUGACUAAGAAUAAGAACGAGACUAUGUUGAGUACUCAAAAAGGAAGUAGUAGUAAUAGUAAUCAAAGAGUGACCCAAAUAGCUCAUAUUUUGAAGGGUCAAAAGAAUCUACAGGAAGCUGAUUCAGAAAAUGGAGAAAAGGAAAUUAGCGAUUCUGUGGUAGAUACUAAGAUUAUUGAUUCAUUUAGAAGGCCCUUACUCAACAGAAUAGAGAAGCUUAUGAAAAAGCAAAAUGAAUCCAUUCUUAACCCUGAGCUCAAAAAGGAGUACGAAUUCCCUAACUUACCUGGAUCAUACUUCAAAAUGGCCAAUCCAACGCUCGAAUUGGUCAAAUACUUGUGUGCCGUGUUUGGACUAUUUGCCAGAAGAAAUAUCGAAGUUAGAAUUCUUAGAAAAGAAUUGCUAUCUAUAUUUGAUAUUAAGGAGUUCAGUAAGGAAUCUAUUUUCCAGAAUCCUUCCACAUCUCUCAAAAUCCCAUUAGUGGUAUGUGACUAUUGCAAUUUUAUCAGAGACAUCGAUUUCUGUAGAGAUCUGGAACUGGAAAUUUGGAGCUGUGGUAAAUGCUCAAAGCCAUAUAAUAGGGUGGCAUUGGAAGAGAAUUUAAUACUGGAGUAUUGCAAAUUAAUGACCAGAUACUACGUCCAAGAUUUGAAGUGUUCCAAAUGUCAUCAAAUCAAGAGUGACAAUUUAAGUGCCUAUUGUAAAUGUUCUGGUAAGUGGGUUGAAACAAUUAAUUAUCAUGAAAUAGAGAAGAGGAAAUCUGUUUUCCAGAACGUUGCCAGAACUUAUAAUUUGCUGUUAUUUAGAGGAUUUAUAGAGACGUAG